GGUACCUCAAAACCCUAAAACCCUAGAACCUCCUUCUUCUAGACCCUUCUCUUCUCAUUUUAAACACACACACACACCCCGUUCAAUAAGCCAAAUCAAAUACCACUUCUGCUCCAUUUUCCUCUGCAAAGUAUUUCUCGUGCACUUAUUCUCCCUGCAGUCCGUGCAGCUUCUUCUUCAAUUUUGAAGUAUGUAUCGGUUUGCAACAAAUCUUGCCGGAAAAGCCAGGCUUGCAAGAAACAGCAGCCAACAGGUUGGUAGUAGAUGGGGUUGGAGCAGAAACUAUGCUGCAAAAGACAUUAGAUUUGGAGUGGAGGCAAGGGCAUUGAUGCUUAAGGGUGUUGAAGAGCUUGCUGAUGCAGUUAAAGUUACUAUGGGUCCUAAGGGGCGUAAUGUAGUGAUUGAACAAAGUUGGGGUGCCCCUAAAGUUACAAAGGAUGGCGUGACAGUUGCAAAGAGCAUUGAAUUUAAGGACAAAGUUAAGAACAUUGGUGCAAGCCUUGUAAAACAGGUUGCAAAUGCUACAAAUGAUGUUGCUGGUGAUGGUACUACCUGCGCCACUGUCCUCACUCGCGCGAUAUUUAUGGAAGGCUGCAAGUCAGUGGCGGCUGGCAUGAAUGCUAUGGAUCUCAGGCGUGGUAUUACUAUGGCUGUUGAUGCUGUGGUCACAAACUUGAAAAGCAGAGCGAGAAUGAUUAGCACCUCAGAGGAGAUUGCUCAGGUUGGAACUAUUUCUGCCAAUGGAGAGAGAGAAAUUGGUGAGCUGAUUGCAAAGGCCAUGGAAAAAGUUGGGAAGGAGGGUGUGAUCACAAUUCAAGAUGGAAAGACAUUGUUCAAUGAAUUGGAAGUAGUUGAGGGGAUGAAACUUGACAGAGGUUACAUUUCCCCAUACUUCAUUACAAACCAGAAGAACCAGAAAUGUGAAUUGGACGAUCCUCUAAUUCUAAUUCACGAGAAGAAAAUCUCAAGCAUAAAUGCCGUUGUCAAAGUUCUGGAACUGGCUUUGAAGAGGCAAAGACCUCUUCUGAUAGUUGCUGAAGAUGUGGAGAGUGAUGCACUUGCAACUCUUAUCCUUAACAAGCUUCGAGCUGGAAUAAAGGUCUGUGCUGUAAAAGCUCCUGGAUUUGGUGAAAACAGGAAAUCUAGCUUGCAGGAUCUUGCUGUUUUAACAGGAGGCCAGGUCAUAACUGAGGAACUUGGAAUGAACCUUGAUGAUGUGGAGUUGGAUAUGCUGGGAUCAUGCAAGAAGGUCACCAUAUCUAAGGAUGACUCUGUUAUACUUGAUGGAGCUGGUGAAAAGAAAUCCAUAGAAGAAAGAUGUGAGCAGAUCAGGUCAGCAAUUGAAUUGAGCACUUCUGAUUAUGAUAAGGAGAAGUUGCAAGAAAGACUUGCCAAACUUUCUGGUGGUGUAGCUGUGCUUAAGAUUGGAGGAGCUAGUGAAGCGGAAGUUGGUGAGAAGAAGGAUAGGGUCACAGAUGCUUUAAAUGCCACGAAAGCGGCAGUUGAGGAAGGAAUCGUUCCUGGUGGUGGCGUUGCCCUACUCUAUGCAUCAAAGGAAUUGGAAAAGUUGCCAACUGCAAACUUUGACCAGAAGAUUGGUGUUCAAAUUAUUCAGAAUGCAUUGAAGACACCAGUUUAUACAAUUGCAUCGAAUGCUGGAGUAGAAGGUGCCGUUGUUGUUGGCAAGUUGCUGGAAUCAGAUAAUCCUGAUCUCGGAUAUGAUGCCGCUAAAGGUGAAUACGUUGAUAUGGUCAAAGCUGGAAUUAUUGAUCCGUUGAAGGUUAUCAGAACUGCUCUUGUAGAUGCUGCUAGUGUUUCGUCAUUGAUGACAACAACAGAAGCCAUUGUGGUUGAACAGCCUAAAGACGAGAAGCCUGCCCCUCCAAUGGGUGGCGGCAUGGGUGAAAUGGAUUACUGACCAGUCUCAAGACAUUGAACCAAUCUAGCACGCAUGUCAAACAUUGUUUAAACAACAAAUAAGCUUAGGAUUGUCACCAUUUUGACGAGUUCAGUUGCGGGACGUUGAGGCAUCCAUUGUAAUCAUAACAAGAGUUGAAAGAAAACAUGUUGAUCAUGUAGGUUUACACUCUGUAAUUGGUUGAAAGACGGGAUUGGCAUUUUGGUUAAUUAAUGAUUGUCUUUCCAGGACGGUUCAAGUCCAUUUGAUUCAGCUGCAACUUCACCUUUUCUUGAUUGUACUGAUUUGCAAAUGCUGAAAAUCCCACUGCUCCUGGAAUUGCAUGUUUUAAACUUCCGCUGCAGUGCGUCUAUCAGUUACUCUUUGCAACUCUCUAUUAAGAGUACGUGAA